AUGCUGCCAUUCACCCCCCGCGAACCAAUGCCAUCAGGAGACGAUAUCACAAGAGCCGAUGUCAACGUUCUUGAAAAGAUCGACGAGCUCUAUCACAGCGCCCAAAACGAUCCCGAAUACAAGCCGGAAAACUUCGAUUGUUGGCUCGACUGUUUGGAUCUGUACCAACGCCAGAAGGCGCGACACUACCUUACAGAGCUGCGGCAACACAUCCAGUCGCUUGUAGGCCCCUUUUCUAACAACGUUACCUCUGCGCAUCGGGAGCUAGAGCGAGCUGAAAAACGUUUGUGCGAGGAGCUCGACGACCGAGAUGAGCAAAAAACACAGGAACUACCAUGCGAGCAAACCCGGGAGGCACAAAUCGAUCCGGGGCAAGCAGCUCGGGAAUUUCAAGCUUCGAUCAACCCGACGCCGAAUGGCGAUGGAGACAGACACCUGGAACUCAUAACAUUCUUGGCUUUGGUCAUUGUUAUUGCGGUCUUGCAUCCUAUUGAGUUGCUACGUGCGCUAAUGACCAUCCUUGCGUUUCUAUGCUGCUUCUCGAAGUAA